AAUGGGGAUUGCCCAUUGGAAGCAUAUGUCCACGUAAUCAUGAGUUAAACCACAGUAUAGGUGUUUAACCAGAUGAAAUAUUCAAUCAAGGGGACCGAAUCAAAAGUCCAUGCGGCGGGGGUGUAUUCAUUAAAACCGGAAGUGGGCCUAGAGCCGGAACACAACAAAGAACUUGUUUGCGUUGUGGCAAUAUCUGCACUUGAAACCGGUACCGCUAAGCAGUCGUUUGUUUUGACACGCGAUGAUGGACAACUGAGCGUACGGCGAAUGCUUCUGUGAAAGGCACUCCGUGUUUAUUGUCCCAUUUGGCAUCACAGGUACGUUUACUAAGCUAAACCUGCGGCAACAAUGCAGCUGGGCAGCUGCUUCAUCAACUACGAGGACUUCGAGGAGUGUUUUAAUGAAUACAGAGAAGAGACCAAGACCAGCUACAGCAUGAAGAACACUGUGUCUGUACGGUGCCACAACCGGAGCCAUCACGCUGACAUACGACAAGAUGUCAUUUUCACCCAUGUAAAGUUUUGCUGUUCUCAGCUGAAUGGACACAGACGUAAAAAGAAGACUCAGGAGAAUACCUGCCCAGCAUACUUCAUUCUGCAGUAUGAUGAAAAGCUUGAUCGAUUGGUUGUGAAGGAAGAAAAUAACGUACAUAUUCAUACUGUGGCUGAGAAGGAAGAAAAUAACGUACAUAUUCAUACUGUGGCUGAGAAGGAAGAAAAUAACGUACAGAUUCAUACUGUGGCUGUGAAGGAAGAAAAUAACGUACAUACUCAUACUGUGGCUGUGAAGGAAGAAAAUAACGUACAUAUUCAUACUGGAGAUAAAAAGCAGCAUCCCUCUUUAUCGAUCCUUCCUACUGAAAAGCUACAUAAUGGGUCUAUGCUUUCAGAAUCUUCAUUAAAAAAGACGUGCGCUGUACCAGCGACCGACAAACUUGUUGUUGAAGAUCAAUCGUGGUGUGUGAAAAGUACGGUACCUUCACAAGAAAUGACUACCUCAAAGACCAGCGUUAGUGGUCCUGCUCCCUGUGAAGAGGCUACCACUUCUAAGACCUUUCUUGAAGAAAUCUCUGGAGAGGCUGUCACCCAGUUAGCAAACCUAAUGCAAAACUUUAUCUCAAAAGAUAUAGGAGCCAAAGCCACAGUUGACAUUAGGAACCAUCACGAACUUGAACUGUUGAGCUUCCAAACCAGUAAAAUGUCUGAUAUGUUUGUAAAGUUUCCAGAGUGUCUUAUAUUACACAGAGUGCACAGAAAACGAGGGUAUGUCUUAUAUACUUUUUUGGUGGAGAGUAAAGAACGAGUGGGGAAAAUUGUUCAUUUUUCCUUUGUUAAGCAGGAUAAUACUAACAAUAUAUCUAGAAUGUUGUCUAUCUUCCAGUACUUCAAUCCUGAUUGGACCAAGGUUAAGAUUAUUUUUACUGAUGUAAACUUUGCACAUGACUCGGUCAUUAAGGAAGCGUUCCCUUCUGCUCAAAUGCUGCUGUCUAUGUACCAUACAGUUAGUUUUAUUCAGAAAAAAACCAAGGCAAAGUGCCUCAGUAAACUAUGGCUCAAAAAACUCAUAGAUGACGCAAUCUUCAGCACAUCUCCUGCUAACCUGUCCUGUCUGUCAGAAAAACUUCGGCAUAUAAUGGACAAGGAGCUCUAUGAUUAUUUGUGUAAAAACUGGUUUUCUUGUGAGUUGUUGUGGUACAUGCAUGUAAAGAAAGGCCUGCAUUCUUGCAGGACCUACAUGGAUAGUCUGCAGUCGGCGACUAGUCAGAUAUCUAAUUUAUUUGCAAAGCAGAGUUCCAUGAUAUCCGUUAUCCAGCAAUUUGUGGAAUACGCCGACUGCUUCAACAGCAAAGGCUUGGAGAGUCAGAGCAAUGGCUCGUUACGCUCCCCCAAACCGAAUACAAAGCCCACAAAAAGAGUAAACCAUGUAAAACCCCAACUAAAACCUUGUAAGCAACCCAUGGCUAUUCCCUCUCUUGUGGUUUUUCACAAUCCAUUGAUCAUUAAAGACAGCAUAUCUGAAGCGAACCAGAAGCAUAUCGCCACAGACUCUAUUGCACAGCCUGACAAGAAAAACAUGCCGAACCAAACUGUAAUCCCUGUGAGCUAUUGUACGUAUAGCCCACAAAUCACAGUAUGUUGCACCAACAAUCCAGAUCCUGAAGUGGUUUCUAUGAAGGACCAGAGUAAAGCAGAUGCCAUGUUAGAGUCUCUGCAGGAGCACUGCAGUGACCUUGGAUUUCUCUUAUGCUUGAAGGAAUGGGAGACAGUACAGAGGUCUGCGCAUCUAAUAAAUACACAAGAAAGUUUCAUUAGUGUCCAGCUUCUAGAGGAGCCACAGCUGGUGUCAGCUGAUGGACAGUCGUGUACGUGCUACUUCAACAAAAGGUGCAAGUUACCGUGUCGGCACAUACUGAGCAUUCUUUAUGCAGAGAAAAGGCCAGUUGAGCCAGACAUGGUAAGUCUUAGCUGGCAAAGGAAAUCUGAGAAAUCAAAUUCAGAAGCAUGGCACGGUGCCACUGAACCGGAUAUAACGGAGACGGAGCAUGCUGUGAAUCAUAGAGACUUUAAAAUCAAGAGUCUGACCAAGGAGCUCUCUAACCUUCUUCUGCAUUGUGAGGGAUCAGAACACUCCGUCAGAUUCUCCACGUUGCAAAUGAUAGUAGACCUGUGGAGUAAGGAAUCUAGCCCAGGCAGGGGCAAAUGUGAUGAUUCCAGUGGUGAGCAAGUGCUGCCAUAUCAGUGGGUGAAGAAGGAGCAGUUAGAGGGUGAUGAGAAUUAUGGCUGUCUUGAACUUUACAGCUCGGAUGCUUACCCCGUUAUGAGUUGACGUUCAUGCAAAAUGUGUACCAUGGUUUGGCACCUUUUUUAUUGUACCACAAAGAAAUAUGUGUAUAUAUAGUGUCUGAAAUGGACCAGCAGAAUCAAAUCCUUUAUUUAUUAACAAAAGUAAAUUGUUUCACUUUACUGAUAAAUAAACUGUAAGCAAUG